ACGCAGUGCCACGUCAGCAGUGCCCCGCCACCAUGACGGGCACAGCUCUGGGCAUGCCAGGCCAACUGGCCAACGAGUCCAUUGCCGACUACAAAAAGCGUUUCCAGGCUCAGCUCGCUGCAAUCGAGGCUGAGGAACAACGCCAACUGGCAGCCAAGGUUGCCCAGCUACAGGCUGAAGAAGCGGCAACAGCAGAGAAGCUGCGGCUACAGGCCGAAGCAGACGCAGAUACCCAGGCUCGCCGAAAGGAAGCCCAGGAUCUGCUGCUGCGGCACGAAGCCAACAGCAUCGACAAACUCAAGUACUGGCACUUUGAACCGAAUGGCGACGAGCCAACACCGGAAGAGCAGCAUAAGGAGUUAAUGGCCAAGCUCGUGGCCAGGCUGGUUUACACAUGUAACCACCUGCAGUCCGAGCUGGCAAACCUUCAGCGGGCUGUGCGGAACCAUAAGACUCAGCAUGAGGAUGCCACACGGGCACUGGACGCCCGUGUACUGGACUUGGAACAAGCUGUACCAGGACCAGUUCCUGGGGCUUCCAGCAGUGCAUCCUCUAGCCGCCAACUGGAAGAACGCGUUGACCACGUAGUGGCAAUGCUAGGAGACAUAAGUGCCUUCACAGAGCCGGCCACCAUCAGCCAGCGGUUCGAGUUGCUGGACACCAAGAUCAGUCAACAACAGCUCGGCGAGGCCAUACAAGAUGCCGACGUUCCGAAUCGAGAAAUUUGAUGACUACACACAUCAAGACCCGGUCGUCUGGUGGCAAGGAUUUACAAUGGAGUUGGGGAUCCACAAGGUCC